AUGCACGUGGACGUGGCGCCCUCGCCCCAGCCACGCAUGGAACGUGCCGCUCGUCAGCCAGCAACGCCGCGCGACACGCAGGCACCCUCACCUGCUACGCCAGCCGUGGCGUGGCGCCCUACCCCAGCGCACGCCCAAUGGACGCGGCGCCCUCACCAGCAGCGCCGUGGACGCGGCGCCUCACCCCAGCCACGCAGUGACGCGACGCCCUCACCCCAGACAUACCCCGCGCACCUCCCUGUGGACGUUGGCGCCUCCUACGCCCAGCCCACGCCAUCACGUGCAGACGCAGGCGCCUCCCCAGGCCGCCACCAUGCGACCCAACCCGGCGCCCUCACCCCAGACCGCGCAUGCGGACGCGGCGCCCUCACCCCAGCCGCAAACUCCAAUGAACGCGGCGCCCCUCACCCCAGCACCUGUGGCACGCGGCGCCUCGGCCCCAGCCGCGCAUGGACGCGCGCCCUCGCCCCACGCCGCACGCGUGGACGUGGCGCCCCUCGCCCCAGCCACGCUGUGCGACGCUGGCGCCUCCUUAGCCCAGCACGCGCGUGGCCCGCCGUCUCAGUGGACGCGGCACCCCUCACCCAGCCACGCAUGGACGCCGGCGCCCUCGCCCCCAGCCCGCGCAGUGGACGCGGCGCAAGCGCACCUCACAACGCCGCGUGCACGCCGGCCGCCGCUCACAGAGCCUGCGCGUGGACGCGGCACCCUCACCAGCGCGUGGACCGCGGCACCCUCACAGCCGCGCGUGGACGCGGAGCGCUCCCUCGCCCCAGCCGCCGGGACGCCGGCACGCUCACCCAGCCGCGUGGGGACGCCGGCACCCUCACCCCAGGCCGCGCAUUGUGGACGCAGGGCACCUCGCCCCAGCUGCGCACCGGACGCGGACGCCCUCACCCCAGCCGCGGUGGAGCGCACCUCGCCCCAGCGGCUGCGCCGGACGCGGCGCCCUCACCCCAGCGCGCUCUGGUGGACGCUGGCGCCCUCACCCAGACCACGCAUGGGACGCGGCCGCCCUCACCCAGCCGCGCGUGGACGCGGGCCUCGCCCCCAGCACGCAUGCGGGACGCGGCACCCCUCACCCCAGCCACGCAUGGACGCGGCGCCCCCUCACCCAGCAGCGCUGUUGGACGCGGCGCCCUCACCCCGAGCGGUGGACGCCGGCACCCUCACCCCAGCCACGCAUGGACGCGGCACCCUCACCCCAGCCACGCGUGCGACGCCGGCCACCCUCACCCAGCCCACCGCAUGGGACGCGGCACCCUCACCCCAGCCACCGCACGCAAUGGACGCGGCGCCCUCACCCCAGCCACGCCCGUGGAGCGCGGCGCCUCACCCCAGCACGCUAUGGACGCGGCGCCCUCGCCCCAGCCACGCAUGGACGCGGCGCCCUCACCCCAGCCGCGCAUGGACGCGGCGCCUCACCCCAGCCACGCCAUGGACGCUGGCGCCUCCUCAGCCCAGUCCCGCGCACGAAAACGUGGCGCCCUCACAUAG